AUGACAACCCUAGGCUAUUUUCACCUCUUCCCGCUUCUACCCACCGAGCUCAAACUGAAAAUCUACCGCCUAGCGCUCACUCCACGGACUAUACCUGUUCGCCUCAAGCUCGACCUGGAUGCUUGGAGCUGGUCCACCGAAAAGGAUUGGUGGACAUGCUACUCGGUAGUUUCGGACAUGGAGACGCCUCGGGCUCCGCUGCCCGCCGUGCUCAAGGCCAGAUACGACGCCUGGGCGGAGCUCAAGGGGUUGUAUGGCGGGCUGAGAAUCGACAGGCAUAUCCUGGAGACCCUGCUAGGUGCGGCGGCGGUGCCAGACGGCGGGGCCCAAAAUAGCGGCGAGGCAGAAGAAGAAGAAGAAGAAGAAGAAGAAGAAGAAGAAGAAGAAGGACCGAACAACAACGAGGGGCCGUUGCCGGUGAACGAGGCGAUAACCUUGAGCGAUAGUCACCAGCUGAACGAUUUUGAGAAGGGCGACGACGAUGCCAAGCUGUCGACGAGGAAACUCGCCGAUAGGCUGCUCUCAGCCGAACAGGAGAGCCGGAGACCAGCCUUUAACCCGGAUCGUGAUACCCUCGCAUGGAAGGACACGAGGCGCUGGGCUUCAUGCGGCGAACCACAGUUGCUGACUCUGGUGCACCCUCUGUUUCUGGCAUCCUGUCUCUCGGUGAGAUAUGUCAGGAUCGAAUACAUCCCAUGCAUGGCCAACCUGCUCGAGGUCCUGGCGUUCAGUGUCCUAGAUGAGAGACGCGCGCUUGAGGGCUUGGACUUGAGCGUGAGAAACCCCAGUGAUGGAAGAGUCCUCAGGUUCAAGCUAUGCAGAAUACCGGAGCAUACCAAGCUUUCUGGCGAGAAAAAGAUGAUUGGGGAGGUGAUAAGGGAUGAUCAGCCCGUGGAUGGAAUUGAGCAUCUCGUGAAGCGAUCCCAAGUCGUCUGGUUCCCGUGGUUUGAGAACAGUGCAAGCCAAGGGGGCAAUCGGAGGGCAAAAGAAGAGACCCAGGACCCUUUGGCCCAGCGCGUAUUCGAAGCAAUUUCACUGCCGAUGCCUUCGACGUCGUCUCCAGGAUCCACUUCUCCGGAUAUAUCACCGAUAUUUUCCCAUCUGUCUUCCGCUCGGCUCAACACAGCCAACGCGGCUAUUCUGCAAGUGCUAUCCGCCUCCGAUCCCACGACGGGUCCAGGAAAGAGCGGUUCAUGGGCACGUAUCGAGGCACUCUCUGACCCUCUAAAUGUCAGGUUCAAUUAUCAGUUUUCCGAUAAGCCUCUAUGCUUUGGCAUGGGCAAUUUCCACACGGAUAUUCUGCUUUGGUGUCGUGCGAUGACACUCCAUGGCGCCGGGUAUCCCGCUAAUUUGCCCUUCAACAUCGUCGGAGUGCCGUGCCAUGGCUUUUGCGAUGAAUUUGUGGGGAUGGGUGUUUGA